UACAGUGUUUCCAACACUACGUGCCCACUCUUCGUGAUCGCAUACCGGCUUUCUCGACGUGGCCAUCACACAGUGAACCUCAGAAUUCAUCAAUUGCUUUCAGGCCCUGCACUAUGGCAGAGAGGUUGGUCCUGCCCUGUGUUGGUGGGCUGGGAAGUACGGUCAUUCCACCAGGAGUUGCCUACCAGCCUCGUGUAGCCAUCAACAUGUGUCGUGAGAUAGAGUAGCAUGCUCUCUGGGAAACCCUUAAAAGAGGUUCGGAGGUUGGCUGGACUACCACCAACCACCAAACGCCCCUCCCGGCCAGCCCACGUCCUGUCUCGGCGGCCAUGGCCAGGAAUGCAGGAGAUUGAUCGUCGGUUCAAGUUCCAACAUUGCUUUAGUUCGUCCGCCGACCCGCCAGAGUAUAUUCUUGCCCCUCCACCUUGUCAAGCCGCUGGAAUGCUGGAAGCCCACCCGCCACACAAACGAGCGCCGACAGCCAUCGCAAAGGUGACCAGCCAUCUCGAACCAAGUGAUAUAUGAUGCUCUAUUGUAGGACCUCUUGUUGUUGAAAGGAUUGAUGGGCAAGCGGCAACCGUGUAUAUCCCCAAUACACACACAGACACACACACACCGGCAGACACAUCACAUCUACGGCAUGGCUCCUCCUUCCAAAGGCGAGGACACGGUCAGUGUCAUCGAGUCGCUCGAGACCAAGUCGUCCAUGUCGGGAAGUGACGUCUCGACCAAGUCUCCUCCGAAACCUCUCCCCAUCCUCCUGAUUGGCGUCAUGUUCCUCCUCAUCGUCGCCUCCGGGGGAGGUCUGUGUCUGUCUGCUCUUCAGUUCCGGCCGUCCAAGACGGGAGAGCGAGACUGUCUGAGUCAAAGCUUCAUAUUGUUCGCUUCCAUGAUUUCCCCCGCCUACGUGGUGCUGCACAUCAUUGUCUCGUUCCGGAACUACCAAGUGGUGAGGAGACAGUCACUGCAGUCACCCCUGGUAUCCGGGGCCGUCAUCGUCGCUCGAAUUGGACUCCUCCUUUGGAUCCCGGCCACGAUCCUCUCCUCGAUAGCAAUGUCACGGUACCCUGGCUUCGUGACCCAAAGCCCGAUCACUGAGCUGAACCUGGCCGUCUCUGCUGUCGGGAUUACGGCCAACACUAUCAUCAUUCUGGCCCUCGAGAUCGCAUCCCACCCAUUCGAGCUACCCUGCUUCCACCGACGGAACACGAUAACAUGCCUCGUCAGCGCCUUCGAGAAGGACCUCAAGGAGGAAGAGGAGGCCAAGCCCCCGAGCCGCCCAAAUAGCCGCCCGCCGACGCCUCCCGCCUACUACUACUUCCCAGCCAACCACCGGCACACCAUCCCGGCGCCGGCGCGUGCCAAACUCGUCCGCAAGGCCAGCUACCCCCGCCGCCACGAGCAAAUCCCGCCCGUGCCGCCCAUCCCGUACCCGCACCCGGACUCCCUCGGCAUCAUGCUCCCCAUCCCCGAGCCGCUGCCCCCGCUGCCGGAGCUCGCGACGACGCCGACGCCGGCCAUCAAGGUGACUCCCGCCACGGCGCCGGCCUGUCUGUGCCCGGGAAACGGGAGGCUUGCGCCGCCGCCGCCGCCCCCACUGAACAAGGAUAAGCCGUGUCCGCCGCCGCCCGGGACGGCGUGGGCCAAGGACUGGGAGCAGCUCGCCGUGGACGCCGGCGUGAGACGGAACGGCUCGCUGAGCGACUACGGGUCGACGGUCGGAACGGAUACGCUCGACAGCAGGUUUGAGGUGCCCCGCGUCGCGUUGAGGCCGCCUCUGCCUUCCAUCAUUGUCACGCAUAGUCCGGAGCCGGUGUGA